GGAGACAGCGCGGGGAGGGGGACGCUGGGGGCAGACACCUUCCCUCCAGUGCGCGCGCGCGCACUCAUACACACACACACACACACACACACACACCACAGUCAGACACAAGCCACAGGGCCUCGCAAGCAGGGAGACGGCUCCGGGACCCGAGGGAGGCAGCGCCGCCGAGCGCGGCCAGGAGGAGGGGGCGAGGCAACGGGGGGAACCCUCGAUCCCGCUCCGCGGUCCGGGGUCCCCGCGCACACACCGGCCCAGAGACACCCUCGCAGACACUCGUAGGCGCGCACGCGCACCCUCUCCCCUCCCCCGCCGCCUCCCCUCCCGCCGCCUCCCGGCCGGACGAUGGAUCCCUGCAGAUCCCGGGGCUGAGAGCACCGCGCACCGCGCCGAGCCUAGGCGGACCGAGCCGAGGCGAGCGAGGGAGCGCGCGCGGCGGGCGGGCAGACGGAGCCGAGCCGAGCCGGGCCGGGCGGGCCGCUCCCUGCAGGGCUCUGCGCGGCGUGCCGCGGCGGCCGCCGGCUCCCGCUCCGGGCCAUGAGCCCCUCCGCGGCUCGGCGCUGAGCCCGCGUCCGGCCCCGCGCCCCAGGACCCGCCGCCGGCUGCCGGGUUCCCGAAGCCCCCUCAGAUCCCCUCGGCCAGGAUGGAACUGAAGGCUGAGGAGGAGGAGGUGGGUGGCCUCCAGCCGGUGAGCAUCCAGGCCUUCGCCAGCAGCUCCACCCUGCACGGCCUGGCCCACAUCUUCUCCUACGAGCGGCUGUCUCUGAAGCGGGCGCUCUGGGCCCUCUGCUUCCUGGGUUCCCUGGCUGUACUGCUGUGUGUGUGCACCGAGCGUGUGCAGUACUACUUCCACUACCACCACGUCACCAAGCUCGACGAGGUGGCUGCCUCCCAGCUCACCUUCCCUGCCGUCACGCUGUGCAACCUCAACGAGUUCCGCUUUAGCCAAGUCUCCAAGAAUGACCUGUACCAUGCCGGGGAGCUGCUGGCCCUGCUCAACAACAGGUAUGAGAUACCAGACACGCAGAUGGCAGAUGAGAAGCAGCUGGAGAUACUGCAGGACAAGGCCAACUUUCGCAGCUUCAAGCCCAAGCCCUUCAACAUGCGCGAGUUCUACGACCGCGCAGGGCACGACAUCCGAGACAUGCUGCUUUCCUGCCACUUCCGGGGGGAGGUCUGCAGCGCCGAGGACUUCAAGGUGGUCUUCACGCGGUAUGGAAAGUGCUACACGUUCAACUCUGGCCGAGAUGGGCGCCCGCGGCUGAAGACCAUGAAGGGUGGAACGGGCAACGGGCUGGAGAUCAUGCUGGACAUUCAGCAGGACGAGUACCUGCCCGUGUGGGGGGAAACUGAUGAGACGUCCUUCGAAGCAGGCAUCAAAGUGCAGAUCCACAGUCAGGAUGAACCUCCCUUCAUCGACCAGCUGGGCUUUGGCGUAGCCCCAGGGUUCCAGACCUUUGUGGCCUGCCAAGAGCAGCGGCUCAUCUACCUGCCCCCGCCCUGGGGCACCUGCAAAGCUGUUACCAUGGACUUGGAUUUCUUCGACUCCUACAGCAUUACGGCCUGCCGCAUCGACUGUGAGACACGCUACCUGGUGGAGAACUGUAACUGCCGCAUGGUACACAUGCCAGGGGACGCCCCAUACUGCACUCCAGAGCAGUACAAGGAGUGUGCAGAUCCUGCUCUGGACUUUCUGGUGGAGAAGGACCAGGAGUACUGUGUGUGUGAAAUGCCCUGCAACCUGACCCGCUAUGGCAAGGAGCUGUCCAUGGUCAAGAUCCCCAGCAAAGCAUCAGCCAAAUACUUGGCCAAGAAGUUCAACAAGUCUGAGCAGUACAUAGGGGAAAACAUCCUGGUGCUGGACAUUUUCUUUGAAGUCCUCAACUAUGAGACCAUCGAGCAGAAGAAGGCCUAUGAGAUUGCAGGGCUCCUGGGUGACAUUGGAGGCCAAAUGGGGCUGUUCAUCGGGGCCAGCAUCCUCACUGUGCUGGAACUCUUUGACUACGCCUAUGAGGUCAUAAAACACAAGCUGUGCAGAAGAGGGAAGUGCCAGAAGGAGGCCAAAAGGAGCAGCGCGGACAAGGGCGUGGCCCUCAGCCUGGAUGACGUCAAAAGACACAACCCGUGCGAGAGCCUCCGGGGCCAUCCUGCCGGGAUGACGUAUGCGGCCAACAUCCUACCUCACCAUCCGGCCCGAGGCACUUUUGAGGACUUUACCUGCUGAGCCCCGAAGGCCACUGUACCAAAGGCCUAGAUGGGGAGGGCUAGGAGAGCAAAGGGGCCCCCAGCUGCCCCCCAUAUCUGCCCUGGGGACUCACUCCCCUCUCCCAAGGCAUCCCCCCACUCCUGGGCGGUCCUUUCCUCUUGAAUGUGGUGAGGAAGGAGUCUCGAACUACAGAGUCCUCUCCCCGCCUCCAUCCCUUUCCUUUUCUUUCUUUCUGUUUUUUUUUUUUUUUUUUUUUUUAACAAAACUAAUCUAAAACAGAAACUAAAAAGAGAGAUUGGGGCAAGUGACCUCAGGCUGCCCCUCUCUGCUCCAUGCUGCCUCCCACAGCUCCCAGCCUGAAUUCUGUCUGUCCGGCUGUCUGUCAUCUGAGUGUCCACCUACAUUUUGCUGCCACCAGUCACCAAAGCCCCCUUCCAAUGGGGGGCGGAGGGGAUCCUCGGGGUCUGGAGUUUGGCCCCAAACCAGAGAAUGUACCUUGAAGGGGAGGGCUACUAGGGGGGGGCUUCCCCAGCCUUAAGAGACCCUCUGAGCCCAGUGACCCCCCCCAACCCCAAGUCUCCAGGCAGGAACCCUAGUCGUGUCUGUUCUCCCCCCACCACCUAGUAACCUGUGAAGUCUCUAGGAAGGUGGGGGUGGAGGAUCCCCUGAAGAAGUGGAGCUGGGACACGAUGUGGCCCUGGUGCUGUAGGCCACAUCCUGAUACCUGCAAGUUCACCCCCCAACCCCAGAGCUGCUGGAGAGAAAUGCCAAGAGGCAGCCCUCCUCUGCCAUCCCAUAAGAGAUCCAGCUGGUUGCCUUCCAGCUCAGGGAGCCGGGCACUGGUGCCUAACCUCACUGGUCCCUCUCCCCCAGGCCCCUGCAGAGGGCCACAUCCAUAAAUUUUCUUAUGGAAUUCUCCCAAGUCCUCUUCUGAAACAUUUGCUUCUCUCAACAACUUCAUCUGCAUUUUCUAUUUCUAUACGAUACAGACUCUAUAUUGCUAUAUCUCUGUAUAUACUUUCCCUGACUCUGUCUCUAUUUCAUCCCCUUGUGUCUCUAAAAACAACCCUCUCCACCCCUUCUACAAGUUCCCCUUCUGUGUUUCCACCCCUUCCCUGGUCUCUGAAUGCCUUCGCCUGUAUAAAGAGUUGGACUCUCCCCUGGUGUCUGUACUGUGUACACACAUCCCUCUAAGAAGCACAAGGAGACGACACGCGCAUUGUAACCUUCGCACUGUCUCGGUGGCGACAUAAAGGAAGCUGUGAAUUACAAGCUCUGCCUCUUUCUGGCCUCACCCUGUCCCCCCAGCCUGGGUUUCCUUCGCCUUCCCUGCAGCCUUAAAAUUCCCUCCCCUGCUCCACCCACCCUACUGUCCUUUGCCUGGCUGACUGUGGCCUCCCCAGGGAAGGGGUUGCUACAGUGAGAGCCCCCACCCAUGGGAUGGAGAUCUGCUCUGUGCACUAAGCCAAGGGUGGCAGAGACUGAGGGAGCUGUGAGCUGAUGACUGUGCAGCGGAAGCAGCAGGGUGUGGACCCGCAGAGGCUGAGGUCUUCAGUCAGUGGCCUUUGCCUCCUUCUGGAUGCCCAGGCCUCUUUGCUCACCUAAUACCCAAGCCCACCCCUUAUAGUUUCUGGUGAGGUACCGUUUGAUAGUGGGACGAAAGAGACAGGCCUAGAGGGGACGUUGAAAGCUCUGGUAUUCUGUUCCUCCUUUCCUCCCUUAAUGAGAAACCAGCGAGGUAGAGGACCUGCCAUCCCCCCUCCACCAGGCAUUCCUCCCAGGCCAGAGCCCUGCCCCUUCCCAGGCCUUCUCUGCCCAGCUGCCUCUCGGCCUCCAACCCCAGAACAAGACCUGUGGCAGGUCAUCUGUGCAUUGGCCUGGAGCUGGAGAGGCCAUAGGAUCUUCGGCAACUCUUGGUUCCCAGGAGUUCCUUAGAGAUCAGAUCUCUCCAGAGGGAAGCAGGAGCAAGGCCAAAGGGUGUGCAGUGGAUGGGAACAGCAGGCAGGGCUAUGGGUGACGCAUGCCUCUGGUCUAAUAAACUGGGUUUUAACCA